CUUAUUAUCCCGUGCGAGUCCAACUACAACGCCAUUGGGAAAGAAGAAUCAAGAGAGGCAUUAGGGAGAUCAUCUCAUAUGAUGCUUGGGGACUACCUCACCAAAUAUGGUGACGAGAAGCAGCACGAAUCACUCGUCCUGAAACCAGGAUCCAGGGCAGUCGCACCUGCUGCUGCUCCUCCGGCCUUGUGUGACGAUCUAGAUGAAGUGUAUGAGAUAUGUUGGUCUCCAUAUGCAAAUGAUAUCGAUCGGCAGCCGGGGGCCGCUGAAGGUCUCCGGUGCCGGACCGAGUCCUUCCGGGCGCUGCACGAGGGAGUGGUGGAUGGCAGCGCGAGCGUGAAGGAGAAGUGUGCUUGGCUUCGGUCUCAGCUGGUUGGGGAGGGUGUCGAGUUCGAUACUCCCUUCGGAAAGCGCCUCCUCACCUAUGCCGACCACACCGCCUCCGGCAGGAGCCUCCACCAUAUCGAGAACUACAUCGUCCAGAAAGUCCUGCCUUUCUACGGGAAUACCCACACGGAUGACAGCUUCGUCGGCCACCGAACAACGAAGAUGGUGCAGGAAGCGACGCAGUACAUAAAGGACUGCAUGGGCGGCGCCGCCGACGAUGCCUUGCUCUUCUGCGGGUCGGGGACGACGGCGGCGAUCAAGCGGCUGCAGGAGGUGAUGGGCAUCGCCCUGCCGUCCACGAUGAGGUCGAGGGUGCUCGGUAUGCUGAGGCCGGAGGAGAGGUGGGUGGUGUUCGUGGGGCCAUACGAGCACCAUUCCAACCUGCUCUCGUGGCGGCAGUCGCUGGCGGAGGUGGUGGAGAUCGGAGUUGAUGGGGAGGGGAUGGUGGACAUGGUGGCGCUGCGCAGGGAGCUGAAGUCGGCCAAGUACGCGAACCGACCACUGCUGGGCUCCUUCUCUGCCUGCAGCAACGUCACGGGCAUCUACACCGACACCCGAGCCUUGGCUAGGCUCUUGCACGGGCAUGGUGCCUUCGCUUGCUUUGACUUUGCCGCCAGUGGACCAUACGUGAAGAUUGACGUGCGAUCCGGGGAGCUUGAAGGGUAUGAUGCAGUGUUCUUGAGCCCUCACAAGUUCGUGGGCGGGCCUGGCACACCAGGGAUUCUGCUCAUGAGCAAGACCCUCUACUGCCUCUGUUCAUCGCCGCCUUCAACCUGUGGUGGAGGCACUGUCGCCUUCGUCAAUGGCUUCAAUGAGCAGGAUACCUUAUACCACAAGGACAUAGAGGAGAGGGAGGACGCCGGAACUCCGGCGAUCGUUCAGAAGAUCAGAGCGGCCCUGGCCUUCUGGGUGAAGGAGUACAUGGGCUACCACCUCAUCGACUCCCAGGAGACCUUUUGGCUCGGACGCGCUCUCAAGAGGCUGCUCUCCAACCCCAACGUAAUCGUCCUCGGCAACACCAAGGCCAAGCGCCAGCCCAUCGUCUCCUUCUUGGUCCGCACGACCUCUCCGGCGGAGACGACGUCCGUCGGCAAGGAAGGGGAUCCGAAAACCGGCGUAUUCAUGUGGGGGGAGAGGGCCACAAGGAGAGACAAACCCCUCCAUGGCCGCUUCGUCGCCAAACUCUUGAACGAUCUCUUUGGAAUCCAAGCGCGUGGCGGCUGCUCCUGCGCAGGCCCGUACGGCCAUGUCCUGCUGGAAGUGGGCAAGGAGAAGUCGCUUGCAUUUCGUUCGGCCAUCCACAAGGGUUACAACGGACUAAAGCCUGGAUGGACAAGGAUCAGUUUCUCAUACUUCAUUUCGCAUGAAGAAUUCGAGUUCAUACUGGCUGCCAUCGAGUUCAUUGCCAUAUAUGCCCAGCGCUUCCUCCCGCUCUACCGCUUCAACUGGAAGACCGGCGACUGGACGUUCAGGAAGAGCGCAAUCAACAGCAUCCUGAAGGGCAGCCAUAAACCAGCAGGCAGAGACGCAGGGUCGUCACCUUCUGGUUUCCUGAACUCAAACGGGAACGCCAUGGCGCCUAUCGAAUGCAAGUACGCGUCGUAUCUCGAGAACGCCAAACUCGUGGCCGGUACCCUUGAGAAGUUCCCUCCGGCGCGGCACAUUCCUCCGGGAGUCGAUCAGGACCUCAUUCUUUUCAGGAUAUGAUGUGAAGAGGAACACAAGUCCCUUUCACUCACCAAACAAAAUAUUAUCCUUUAAGCCUCGUCAAUUAGGAACUUGCAUCCGUUGACUAGUGAAUAAUUUGAUUUGGAGUCUGGACAUGCUAGAUCACAUGCAUACGCGUGCACUGAAUUUCUUUUCGCUAUGACUUGUAGUCUGUUUGCUACUUGGUCAACAACAGUCUGCAACGUUAUCAUCAAAAUUUU